CGCCCGAUUUUCACCAACUUCAUCGUCGUCGACGUUGUCCAACAUGCUCACCUCACGCGGCGUACACCGUCUCUCGCGCAGAGCGCUGAACAGCGCAAAGAAGACCAACGCGUUCUUCUCCACUGCUGCCGUGGCUUCUGUCAUUGCCCGUGCUGCUGCCGCUCCUUCCUCUUCGUCUCGCUCCCGGGCACGUCUCCCCCGUGCUGCUGCCCCCGCUGCUCGCACCUACGCGACUGAGGCUAAGGGUACGAUCGGCCAUGUCAAAACUGUCAUCGGUGCCGUCGUCGAUGUUCAGUUCGAGACUGGGGCCCUCCCUCCCAUUCUCAACGCGCUUGAGGUUCAGGGCCACCAGGGUGGUCGCCUUGUCCUCGAGGUUGCGGCUCACCUUGGUGAGAAUUCCGUCCGUACCAUUGCCAUGGACGGUACCGAGGGUCUCGUCCGUGGUCAGAAGGUCGUCGAUACCGGUGCUCCCAUUCAGGUCCCUGUUGGCAAGGGCACUCUCGGCCGUAUCAUGAACGUCAUUGGUGAGCCCAUUGAUGAGCGUGGUCCAAUCAAGGGCGACAAAGUCCUCCCCAUUCACAAUGACCCGCCUCCAUUCGUCGAGCAGUCGACCACCGCUGAGGUCCUCGAAACCGGUAUCAAGGUCGUUGACCUUCUCGCCCCCUAUGCCCGUGGUGGAAAGAUUGGUCUCUUCGGUGGUGCCGGUGUCGGCAAGACUGUACUUAUCCAAGAACUCAUCAACAACGUCGCUAAGGCCCAUGGUGGUUUCUCUAUUUUCUGCGGUGUCGGCGAGCGUACUCGUGAGGGUAACGACUUGUACCACGAAAUGAUUGAGACCGGUGUUAUCAACCUCGACGGUGAUUCCAAGGUCGCUCUCGUCUUCGGUCAGAUGAAUGAGCCCCCUGGUGCUCGUGCCCGUGUCGCUCUCACUGGUCUCACCAUCGCCGAGUACUUCCGUGAUGAGGAAGGCCAGGACGUGCUUCUUUUCAUCGACAAUAUUUUCCGUUUCACCCAGGCAGGUUCUGAGGUGUCUGCUCUUCUUGGUCGUAUUCCCUCUGCCGUCGGUUACCAGCCCACGCUUUCCACAGACAUGGGUGGCAUGCAAGAGCGCAUCACUACCACCAAGAAGGGCUCCAUUACCUCCGUGCAGGCCGUCUAUGUCCCUGCUGAUGACUUGACGGAUCCUGCCCCCGCUACCACCUUUGCUCAUCUGGACGCUACCACCGUGUUGUCUCGUCAGAUUGCUGAACUUGGUAUUUACCCCGCCGUCGACCCUCUUGACUCCAAGUCCCGUAUGCUCGACCCCCGUAUCGUCGGCGUAGAGCACUACGACGUAGCUACCGCUGUGCAGAAGAUCCUCCAGGACUACAAGUCUCUACAGGAUAUUAUUGCUAUCCUGGGUAUGGAUGAGUUGUCAGAGGAGGACAAGCUCACUGUCGAGCGCGCUCGUAAGAUUCAACGUUUUAUGUCGCAGCCCUUCCAGGUCGCGCAGGUAUUCACCGGUUUCGAGGGCAAGCUCGUCCCUCUGAAGGAGUCUGUUCGUUCCUUCAAGGAGAUUCUUUCUGGUCAGCACGACUCUCUCCCCGAGUCCGCCUUCUACAUGGUCGGCACCAUCGAAGAUGCCAAAGCCAAGGCCGAGCAGCUCGCCAAGGAGAUGGGCGAGUCAUCGUAAACGGCCUCGGAUCUCUUCGUGCACUCAGCAAGUUGGAUGUUGCGUGACUAUCUUAGAGACUGGACAGUCGUCAAUAAAAUGAUGCUUGUUCGUAUUGCGAUCGCGCUAUGACAAUGCUACUUGUGUUAGAAA